UGCAGGUUUCAGAGGACGGUGCUCGAUCUCUCUGUGCAGUGGAGGUUUGCCAAGCUGCCCAACAAUGCCAAGCUGGAGAUGGUGCCAGUCUCUUGUCAGCGAGCAGAAGCGGAAAACACAGUGCGGAUUGCACUGCAGCUGGAUGAUGGCUCCCGUUUGCAAGACACCUUUCACUCUAGUCAGACCCUGUGGGACCUUCUCCAACAUUUUACACAAAGCAGGGAGUUUGUGGAACAGCCCCGUGACUCUUUCCCAGUCUGUAUUUACAUGCGAGAUGAGAUAGCAGGGAGGGAUGCCCUGGAGAAGACAACACUGAAACUGCUUGGCCUGACUGGAGGCAGCGCCAUUAUCAGGGUUGUCAUGAAGAAGCACAGUUUAUCUGGCCAGGAGGAGGCUGUGGAUGCUGCAGCCCAAGCGAAUGAGCCUCCACGGAGGUCAGUCUGCACCGAAGGAGCUCUGGAUCUGCCUUUACUUCAAACAAACACGUUCCCAAAGGACUUGGACCACAGAGAUGUGUCUGCCUCCUUAAAGAGCUGUACGGAUGAGCAGCCCAAUGCCUUGGCCAGCUCAGGGGGGCUGCAGGCUGCCACAGCAGCUGUCCCCUUCGUUCCUUUCUCUGGAGGUGGGCAGUGUCUUGGAGAGUCUCCUGCAGCUGCAGCAGUUCCGGUGUCAGACAUGCCAUCCUCAAAGCUGCCAACGUCUCUCUGUAGUCCUGGAGGCCCUUCUAAGCCAAAAAAGACCAAGACUAGCCAGGGACAGCCAAAGGAGCAUGAGCAGCUGCUGGAGCGGGAGCCAGUCGUGUGCCACCUAGACCUGCAGCCAGCGCUGCCUCCUGGCCCAAAGGACUUUCCUGACGAGUUCUUUGAAGUCACGGUGGAUGACGUGCGGAAGCGCUUGUCCCAGCUGCAGAGCGAGAGGAAACGCCUGGAAGAGACUCCCUUAAUGACAAAGUCCAUGAGGGAAACUCAGAUGAAGGAGAAGCUGGAGCGUUACCCAAAGGUGGUGCUGCGGAUUCACUUCCCAGACCGCCAUGUUCUGCAAGGUUUCUUCCGCCCCAGUGAAACAGUUGGUGACCUGAGAGGCUUUGUGAGAGGCCACCUUGCAGAUGCGGAGCUGCCAUUCUACCUGUUUAUUACACCUCCUAGGACCAUCCUGAGUGAUGAGAGCUUGACCCUGUUUGAGGCAAACCUCUUCCCAGCUGCUCUCGUUCACUUUGGAUCUGAGGAGCGCAGAGACUAUUUCUUGAGACCAGACCUGCUCGAAUCUGCUGUAUCCCCUUCUGCAGCUGACUUGUUAGUAGCCAGAUGUCUGUCCAAAUCUCUCGUUCCUUCUGCACCAUCAGCUUCAGUAGCAACUUCUCCCCUGCCAGCCGGGCCGGAGGAGACUGCGGAUGAGAGAGGGGCUGCAGAGCAUCCAGAGCCAGCAGAAACCUCUGUAGCCCCACAGCCAGUGAGAAGGACCCCUGGGAAAGUGCCAAAGUGGUUGAAGCUGCCAGGUGGGAAGAGAUGAAGGACUUGGGCCCCUUGACUAGACCGAAGCAGCAGAAGGUGUUGUGCUUCUUUCUAUGGGAGCUGCUUUAGUCUCAGUGAGAAGUGGCUGUUGGAUCUGGAGAGACUGGACCG